AUGGCGUCAGGACAGACACGCAAGAUGCUGGCGCUCAGUGGCUGUGCCAUAUAUUUGUUAUUAACACUCGUUCCUGGCUCGAUCUCCUCCACGCUUCGACUUCACCAUGACCGGAGAUUCAUGCUCCCGCAGGACCGGGGUUUCUUUUUAGUGAGUGCACCCAGGGAGCAAGCUGUAAAUCGUGUCGUGCGACUGGACAGGGAAGACGCGCAUCAACAUCGCGUUCGGCGGAAUGCUGCUGAAGCACCCGUGCCAAAGGUUUAUGGAAGGGCCAACCUGAAUGACUCUCAUAAUCAGAUGGUCGUCCACUGGGCCGGGGAGAAGAGUGAUGUUAUAGUAGCGUUAGCAAGAGACAGUGUUGGUGCCACAGACCCCAAGACCAGCUCUGUGUAUGUGUCCUAUGACUAUGGAACCACCUUCACCCACAUAUCAGAAAGAUUUCAACUGUCUGGGGAUAAGGAGGGCAAGAAACAGGUCAUCUCCCAGUUCUACCACAGCCCUGCUGAUAAUAAACGAUACCUGUUUACUGACACCACAAACAGUUACCUGUGGAACACCUUUGACUUUUGCAAAAGUGUCCAGGGUUUCUCCAUCACAUUCAAGCCCACAGAUUUACUGCUGCAUAGUAAGAUGCCAAACCUGGUCCUCGGUUAUGUCAGUUCACACCCAAAUAAACAGCUGUGGAAAUCAGAUGACUUUGGUGAGACGUGGGUGUUGAUACAGGAACAUGUGAAGUCCUACUUCUGGGGUGUGGAGCCAUACGACAACCCCACCACAGUGUUCGUCCAGCGGAACGAACCCCAAGGAGACUCUAUCAUCCUUAGCAGCACAGACUUCUUCCAGACCGAGCAAAAUCGCAGAGUUAUCCUGGAGAAGGUGGACAGCUUCCAGCUACGAGACAAGUACAUGUUUGCGACCACCACCAGGACAUUGUUGGGGAGCCAUGAACCUCAGUCUGUCCAGCUGUGGGUUUCCUACAACCGCCAGCCAAUGAGAGCAGCCCAGUUUAACACCCGCCACCCUAUCACAGAGUACUACAUAGCAGAUGCUUCGGAGGACCAGGUGUUCGUGUGUGUGAACCACAAUAACAAUGUCACACACCUGUACAUCUCAGACACACAGGGCCUGGCCUUCUCUCUUUCUCUGGAGAAUGUGUUGUACUACAGUCCUGAAGGCUCGGGCAGCAACACCCUCAUUAGGUACUUCGCCAAUGAGCCGUUUGCAGAUCUCCAUCGGGUGGAGGGGCUGAGGGGGGUGUUUGUGGCUACUCUGAUCAAUGGAUCAGUCACUGAAGACAACAUGCGGUCAGUCAUCACAUUUGAUAAAGGAGGAACCUGGGAACUUUUGCAGCCACCUGCCUCAGACAGCCUGGGAGGAACCAUAGAAUGUCAGCUGGACAGUGGCUGUUCCCUGCACUUGGCCCAGCGUUGGAGUCAGCUUCUGAAUAUUCAGUUGCGCAGGAUCCCUAUUUUGUCUAAAGAGUCUGCACCUGGCCUCAUCAUGGCAACAGGAUCUGUGGGAAAGAAUCUGGCAAACAAGCCCAAUGUGUAUGUAUCCAGCAGUGCUGGGAUCAGGUGGAGAGAGGCCCUGGCUGGUCCUCAUUUCUACACCUGGGGAGAUCACGGAGGGAUCCUGAUGGCUAUCGCACAGGGCGGCUCCACCAAAACUCUCAAGUUCAGUACAAACGAGGGGGAAACCUGGAAGGAGUUCCAGUUCUCUGAACAGGAGGUGUAUGUCUACCAGCUGCUGACAGAACCAGGGGAGAAGAGCACCAUCUUUACUAUCUUCGGGUCUUAUGCGGACCAGAAACAUAGCUGGCUCAUUGUGCAGGUCAACGCCAGUGAUGUGCUUGGUGUGCCAUGCUCAGAGGGUGACUAUAAACUCUGGUCUCCGUCUGAUGAGAGGGGAAAUGGCUGUCUGUUGGGCAGAGAGAUGGUGUACAAGCGGCGCUCUCCACACGCCACCUGCUUCAAUGGCGAGGACUUCGACAGGCCUGUAACUCUGUCAAACUGCUCCUGUUCACGUCAGGACUAUGAGUGCGAUUAUGGGUUUAAGCUGAGUGAGGAUCUGUCUCUCGAGGUGUGCAUGCCUGAUCCUGAGUUCUCUGGCAGUCUGUACGCCCCACCAGUGCCCUGUCCGGUGGGCACCACAUACCGCCGCAGCAAAGGGUACAGAAAGGUGCCUGGAGACAGCUGCAGUGGAGGAGAUGUUGAAGCUCGACUCGAUGGAGAAAUGCUGCCAUGUCCUGUAGGAGAGAGUAAUGAGUUUAUCCUGUAUGCGGUGAGGAACUCCAUCCACCGCUAUGAUCUGGCCACAGGCACUGACCAGCCACUUCCCCUCUUGGGUCUCCAUGAGGCAGUGGCACUGGACUUUGACUACGAGAAGAACUGCUUAUACUGGGCUGAUAUUUCACUGGACACCAUACAGAGGCUGUGUUUGAAUGGAAGCUCAGGACAGGAAGUGAUUGUCAAGAAGGACCUACAAAACGUGGAAGCUCUGUCAUUUGACCCCAUCAGCAGGUUGCUAUACUGGGUGGAUGCAGGUGCUCGGAAAAUUGAGGUGUCCAACUCUGACGGAGAUCUGAGACGCACUCUGGUGAACGCUUCAGUGCUGGAGCACCCUCGAGCUCUGACUCUCAUGCCUGGAGAAAGUUUGAUGUUUUGGACUGAUUGGGGCGAUCGUGUGGCGGGCGUCUACCGCAGCUGGAUGGACGGUUCCAAUAUUUCCUGUAUUGUGUCAGAGGGAGUUCGCUGGCCCAAUGGCAUCACAGCCGAUGAGAACUGGCUGUAUUGGACAGAGGCGUACGGAGACCGCAUCGAGAGAUCUGACUUCAACGGAGGUCACCGCACUGUACUGAUGGAUAGCCUGCCUCAUCCCUAUGCUAUUGCAGUUUUUAAGAAUGACCUUUACUGGGAUGACUGGUCCAAAAUGGGCAUCUUCAAAGCUCCUAAAUCAGGCUCACCAGACAGUGAGUUGUUAGUGGGCAGACUGACUGGAGUGAUGGAUCUUAAGAUCUUCUACAAAGGAAAAAACAGAGGUCAGAAUGCUUGUGCCGACCAGCCAUGCAGUCUGCUGUGUCUUCCCCAGCCUGGAAAUAAGCGUCAUUGUGUGUGUCCUGAUGGAGUUUCUUCCACGACCCUGCCAUCUGGAGAGCUCCAGUGCCAGUGUCCCAGUGGAUACCAGCUCCGCAAUAACACAUGUGUUAAGACAGAAUACACCUGUUUGCCAAACCAGUACCGCUGCUCCAAUGGGAAGUGCAUCAGCAGCAUCUGGAAGUGUGACAGUGACAAUGACUGUGGCGACAUGAGUGAUGAGCAAGAGUGCCCCACCACUGCUUGCGAUCCUGCGGUACAGUUUCGCUGUGUGGCCUCUGGUUCUUGCAUCCCGCUGGCCUUUAAGUGCGACCAUGAGGAUGACUGUGGAGAUAACAGCGAUGAGGAGCACUGUGAGUCUCAUCGGUGUGGGCCUGCAGAGUUCACCUGCGCAAGAGGUGUGUGUAUUCGGGAUGCCUGGCGUUGUGAUGGGGACAAUGACUGCAGGGACUGGUCAGAUGAAGCCAACUGUACUGUGGGCCACCACACAUGUGAGAGUAGCAGUUUCCAGUGUCACACGGGUCAUUGCAUUCCUCAGCGCUGGGUGUGUGACGGAGAUGAUGACUGUCAGGAUGGUUCAGACGAGGACCCAACCCACUGUGGGGGUGAAAAAUGCAACGGCUUCCUGUGUUCUAACGGAACCUGCCUGCCAGCUAGUGUUCACUGCAAUGGUGUGGAGGACUGUCUAGGGGGUGCUGAUGAGCAACACUGCGAUCCGCUCUGCACGCGGUAUAUGGAGUUUGUAUGCAGGAAUCGAGCACAGUGUCUGUUCCAGUCUCUGGUGUGCGAUGGCACUCGGCACUGUGCCGACGGAUCCGAUGAGGAUGCAGCGUAUGCUGGCUGCUCAACUAAUCCAGAGUUUGAGAAAACAUGUGAUGGCUACAACUUCCAAUGCGCCAAUGGAAUGUGUGUGACUCUGGAGUGGAAAUGUGAUGGCAUGGAUGACUGUGGGGACUACUCAGACGAGGCCAACUGUGCUUCCCCGACUGAAGAGCCAGGCUGCUCACAUUACUUCCAGUUCGAGUGUAAGAAUGGCCGCUGUGUGCCUGCCUGGUGGAAGUGUGAUGGGGAAAACGACUGUGGUGACUGGUCAGAUGAAGCUCAAUGCUCAGGUGGCGGAACUUCUCACACACCUGCUCCGGGUCCAGUUACCUGUGCUCCCAAUCGUUUCCGCUGCGGUUCUGGCGCGUGUAUUGUGAACACCUGGGUGUGUGAUGGCUACGCAGAUUGUCCUGAUGGCAGCGAUGAAGUGGGCUGUCCCACAGCCAAUGGUUCUGUGACUCCAGUGGCAACUCAUGUUCCUCCACCAUCAGGCCGCUGCACUAAAGAUCAGUUCCUCUGCCUAAAGCCCCAGACCUGUAUCCCUGACUGGAAGCGUUGUGACGGACACCCUCACUGCCAAGACGGGUCUGAUGAGGCCAACUGUCCCACCCGUGGGUCGUUGUUCUGUGUGAAUGGUACCCUCUGUGCGGAUGGUGAGGCAUGUGUUCUCAACAGUGAGAGGUGUGAUGGCUUUAUGGACUGUUCUGAUCACAGCGAUGAAGACAACUGCACCGUGGAUUCACUGGUCUACAAGAUCCAAAAUCUGCAGUGGAGUGCCAACUUCUCCGGUGCUGUUACGCUCACAUGGUCGAGACCCAAAAACAUGCCAGCAACCUCCUGCUCCUUUAUCAUCUACUACAGGCCAGUGGGUGUCCAACAGUGGACUGUUAUGGACACAAACAGCAAUAAAGGCAGUGCCACUCUGACUGUGUUGAUGCCGGACACCACCUACCAAGUGAAGGUGCAGACUCAGUGUCUCAGCAAGCAGCACAAGACCAAUGAGGUGCUCACACUGCGCACACCAGAAGGAUUGCCGGAUCGUCCACAGGGUCUGCAACUGAGCUGUGACAACGAAGAGGAUGGGACAGUGCUGUGCUCCUGGAGCCCCCCGGAUAAAGCACACGGACUCAUUAGGGAGUAUAUUGUGGAGUACAGUGAAAAGAACAGUGCAGAGUGGUUUUCUCAGCGUAGCACUGGCACUAUUGCACAAGUGAAGAACCUGCAGCCCAGCUCGCUCUACAGAUUCAGGGUUGCUGCUGUCACAAGCAGAGGGGUUGGAAACUGGACAGAAAUUAAAUCCAUCGUUCCUCAAAAAGCUCUGUCUCCACCUACCGUUAAGAUCACUAGCAUCAAGGAGGACUCUAUGAUUUUGUCCAUUACCUCUGAUUAUAAGGUAAAGGAAUACAUUGUCAUCAUUUCAUGGGUGUUUGACGAACAUGUAAAGGAGAGCUGGAAUUACACAGUUUCGGGAAUAUUGAAAGCCACUAAUCUGACAGCAGGGACGGUGUAUGAGGUGGCUGUGUGGGCUCACACAGAUGAUGGAGACAGUCCGACUGCACUGUCCCGCCAGCAGACCGAAGGCACCAGACCUGACCAGCCCUCACUUAAGGCCCGUGCACUUAACCAGACUGCUGUAGACUGCAGCUGGACUGGUCCUCAGGCUGAGAUGUAUGGAGUGUUCUAUGCCACCUCUUUCCUGGACCUGUAUCGCAGACCUCACCGGCAGAUCACCACCUCUAGCAGCCUGACUGUCAUUGUAGACAGCGAUGAGCAGUACCUCUUCCUGGUGAGGGUGAUCUCUCCAUACCUGGGUCCUCCAUCUGAAUAUGCAGUAGUGAAGAUGAUCCCCAGUGAGCGACUGCCACCCCGAAACCUACAUAAAGUGCGAGUGGAGAAGACACAGGCCACUCUGAAGUGGCAGCCACCUUACGAUUCUCCCAGCAGUCCUCUAACGUAUGCAGUGCACAUGAGAGACAUGGUUCGUAAAACAGAGCGAGACUAUAAGGUGAGCACUCAGAAUAACACAGUGGAGUACACGUUGAAGGGCCUGGAACCUGGUGGACGCUACAGCAUCACCAUCAGACUGCUCAACAUGAGCAAAGAGGCCAGCUACACACUCAACACCGUUCCUCUGCCUGCACCUGAGGCCCUCAAGAUCUUAGAAGAACAGGACCAUGUAUUUCUCUUCUGGAAGAGUCUGGCUGUGAAGGACCAAAGCUUCAAUGAGAGCAGGGGCUAUGAGGUGUAUGUGCAUGACAGUGUGACCAACUCCUCCACGUGUUUGGGCAACACCACAGAGACAUUCUUCAGGAUCAACAGCCUGCUGGUUGGCCAUAACUACACAUUCUCAGUGCGGGCGCGCUGCCUACUCAACAACCAGCUGUGCGGAGAUGCAGCAGUGCUGUUAUAUGAUGAACUGGGGAAAGGAGCAGGGCCCAAUGAUGCUGCAGCUCAGUCCGGUAAAUCAGGAGACGUGGCAGUGGUUGUGGUUCCAGUGUUGUUCCUGCUGUUGGUGGGUGUGUGUGGAGGUCUUGUGGUGCUUUACCUCAGACACCGUCGGCUACAGCACAGCUUCACCGCCUUUGCUAACAGCCACUACAACUCUCGUCUGGGCUCUGCCAUUUUCUCCUCAGGAGAUGAGCUGGGUGAUGAUGAUGAAGAUGAUCCAAUGAUCUGUGGCUUUUCAGAUGACGUUCCCAUGGUGAUUGCAUAGCUGGAUGACUAUUUCUCUUCUCCUCCUUCACUCCUCCCUCCACCUCCUCAUCACAUUUUCUUACCUGCCCGUCUGGCACACCUUCAAGCUACCGAGCACCUUUCCUCUCGAACCCCCGUAACCUUAGAAAGGUUGGAUGUAGGUUUCAGGAUCCCAAGGAGAAACAAAAGCAUGGAGCGAAAGAGAUAUUUUUCCAUAUAAGAUGCACUUUUUUUCGGAUGCGCAAUAACUUAUUUUUUUAUAUAUUAUAAAUGUGGGUAUUGGACUUUGUAGGCAUUAACUGAAGCAAGUGAAGGAGUUUGUUAACUGAUCAGCAGACUCACCGAACAGAGCAAAGACCCUUAUUGUACAACAAACUCAAACGAGCAUUACAUUUGCUUAAAGCCAAAAUAAGCACCUAGCUAUGGGUGCAUCAGUGCAAAAACAAACAAAAAACACACAAAAGGAAAAAUUCAACAAAAAGCAAACCUCAUUUAUGUGUACAUAAGAAAAAAAUGAAUCAAUGAAUGCUGAUGAAAAGGGAAGGAGGUACAUAGGCUGUCGACAGCAAAUUGCACAGGAUUUGAUUUUUGCUAUAUAUGCUCGAUUUGUGUCACUUUAUGUCAGUAGGCCUGCAUUUGUCCACAGUACCUUGUUUACACUUUUUAUCCAUUUGUUAAUUUUUUGCUGUCAGCAAUAGAUUUAUCCCCUCUGCUUUUUGAAAAUGUGAAAUUUGUUACCUAGUUUGGUUGUUUUAUCAGUUAUUUUAAGAUAAGAAUCAUCAUAAUGAGAAGACAAAAUGUCUUGCAGACAAAAACAUCUCGGUAACAGUUGUUAUGUGUUGUAUAGUCCGUACAAAUCGCUUAUGCUCACUGCUGUUUUCCUUUGAUUUAUCCUACUCAUUUUAUCUAGCAAAAAAUAUUAUUGCAUAUCCUGUGUGCUGCCAUGGUUUUAGUCCUCUAGUGUUCUCAGGGAACUGGGUUAAUUUAGAUUGUACCAGCGUUAUCAGUCACACUGCCACAGGCAGCGCAGUGUGUUGGUUUCUGAGACUUUGUACAGUAGUUCCAAAUUGCAAUGAAGCCUGUGCAGCUCUUGGCAGAGCAUAAGGCUUGAUUCUUGUCUCUUGUGCCAAGCUUACAGAAAAGCAGAGGGUAGAGCAGCCAUCUUGCCUUCCCUAUACGUUGUGAAGAGGUACGUGUUAAAUCCAUGUUUCAUUUUAACUGGAUUGCGGGUGUUGCGUAAAAGAUUUGUUUUAUGAAUGUAAUUGUUUUUUUUUUUUUUUUUUUUUUUUAAUACUUGUAUUGUGGUGACCAGAUAAAGAAAAAUGGUUACAUUCUACUCCCUCUUUCUCUAAAAGGUUAAUUUACCCCAAAAUUAAAAUUCUGUCAUUAUUUUCUCACCCUCAUGUUGUUCCAAACCUGAAUGAUUUUCCUCUGAUGAACAUAAAGUGAGAUGUUAGGCAGAAUUGUAGCCUCAGUCACCAUUCACUUUCAUUAUGUGGAAAAAAAAAGAGUAGCAUUAACAUUCUUUAAAAUUUCUGAAAUGGGUUUCGAACAACAUGAGGGUGAGUAAAUGACAAAUUUUGAUUUGUGAGUGAACUAACCCUUUAAAGGAUUUUAAAUGAGGUUUAUUGACAGUUUACAUUCAAUUGUGUGUUCAUUAUUAAUAAUCUCCAUAGUUUAUUGAAACAAAUCUAUACAUUUAAUGAUAGUUAUGGCAGUUUUUAGUGAAAUUGUUUCAAGUACCACAUUGCCUUAUUACAACACACUGAGUAAUAUAUGUAGCAGUAUGUCAACAUGAUCACACAUGCACACGCUCACAGAAAAUUUAAACAAGUAAAUAAGAUGACAAUUGAAAAAAAGACUGAAUAAUGUGAUAGAAAAUGUGUGUAUUGACAUAUUGUGAAUUACCACUGUAUAAUGUUUUUAAAGUUCCAGUGCAGCACUUGUGUGAAUUCUGAGCCACCGUUUUUCUUUUUAUUGUUUGUAUUUCUUAUUCACAACCAUUUGUGACAAUGUUUGUCAUGCCCAGUUUGAAAAAAUUUUUUUGGUUGAUAAGAUGUAAACUGUUGGCAUAGCAGUGAUGUUGGGCACCGCCAUGUUUAAGUCUUUGGUCUUUUCUGCCUACUGAAGGUUUUAAAGAUACAAAUAUUUUAAGUGGUACCGUCUGAGAUGUUUUAUGAACCACUUGUGAUUAAAUAAAUGUGGAAAACUGUUGAA